AUGCCUCACCAAGAGUCGGCUCCUGUGGCCAAGACCAACUCUGCUGACUUCACCAAGCUGUCGUCCAGCCUUCCUUUUGGUCAGCAGGUUUCUCUAUCUUCCAUCUCCGGCCCGACAUAUGUGACUGCCCAGCUUCUCGUCCAGCAGAUCGCAUACAAGUUGUCCGACAAGAUCUUCUCAUACUCUCCCGAGACCUUCGACCUCGAUAUCGCACUCAAGCAAUGGGCCUCCCAGAACGAGAAGAACAUCCACGGAUACUCCACUGAGGUUCUGCCCCUCCAGACCCGAGUCGGUGCUGGUGCGCUCGCCCUGGGUUACAUCUUCUCUCCCGACUUCGAUGUCACCAAGCGCCACAUCCCCCAGUCUCUGGUCGCUCCCUCGGGCAGCCUUCAGCAACUUCGCGGUACUCUCGACCAGCUCUCUCUCCUCUAUGGCGUCUCCAGCCCCUUUGUUGCCCAUGUCGCCGCUCUCGACUACUCCGACAGCAAGGGCUUGGUCUCCAACUACGAUGUUGCUCUUCGCCUUGCUGAGGACCUUGGCCUUGGUCUUGUUGCCAGCACCUCUACCUAUGAGGCUCAACACAUGUCCAUCUUUGCGACUCUCCUGGCUACUCUCCUUCCCACUCUUCACAUCUACGAUGGUGUCCGCGUUGCCCGUGAGACUCUGCGUGUUGUUGAUGCUUUGAGCGAAAACGGUGUUGCUGACCUGUACAGCAAGCUCUCUGCUGAGGCUGGCAAGCUCAACACUCGCCUUGACACUGCCGGCAAAGCUGUUGAGCUUCUCAAGCUUUUCAACGACGAGCUUGGCACCGUUUACCAGCCUUUCGAGUACCACGGCCACGAGUCUCCUGAUGUCGUUCUCGUUGCCUUCGGCAGCGUCGAGUCUCAGGUUUCCAAGGAGGUCCUGGCCAAGCUCUCCGUUGACGGAGCCAAGGUUGGUGUGGUCAAUGUGCGAAUCUAUCGACCUUUCAUUGAGGAGGCUUUCCUCAAUGCUAUCCCUGCCUCUGCCCGCACCAUCGCCGUUCUCGGCCAGGUCAAGGAUGAGCUUGCUGUCGAAGACGAGGCUACCCAGUCUGCUCUCUAUAGCGAUGUUCUGACCGCUGUUACUUUCUCCGGCAAAUUUGACAACGAGCCUGAGGUCCUUGACAUCAAGUACACCCCUGCUCAGUCUUUCACUCCUCAGGGUCUGGUUGGCACUCUGCACAAGAUCUUCAACAACGACGGCGAGGCUAAAAAGCUGCCUUCUCUCGUCCAGGCUCAACAGUUCACCUUCUGGGACCUCGACAGCUCUCCCGCUCUCAACUCCCCCAGUGUGAUUGGCAGCCUCCUCUCCCAGGAGUCUACCUCUAACGUCUAUGUUAACGAGAUCUUUGACAACCUUACCCAGGGUGGUGUUGUCCGCAGUGAUCUACGAUCCUCCAAGAAGGCUCUCGAGGCUCCCUACGACAUUGACGAUGCUGACACCAUCGUCAUUGGUGACGAGAACAUUCUCAAGGAGAUCGAUGUCCUUAAGGGCCUGGCUGAUGGUGGCAAGGUCAUUAUCAAGCUGUCCAACUUCAAGGAUGAUGAGGUUGAGAAGCGUCUUCCUGUUGCUUUCCGAAAGGGUCUCCAGGAGAAGUCCGCUCAUCUUUUUAUCCUCGACUCUACCUACUCUCCUGCUUUUGAGAAGGAUCCUCUCUUCACCAAGCUCCUUCUUGAGCUGUCUUUCCUGAAGGUUGCUCUUCCUGACUACACCCCUGAGAAGAUUGCCAAGCACAUCCUGGCUGAGGGUCACCCUCCUACUCUGGAGGAGUCCAUCGAUGCUGUCGGCCUCUGCCUCCGCCAAUUCGAGGUUCCUGCCACCUGGGCCGAGGUUGAUACUGACUUUGCUGCCCCCAAUCUUCCCGCCACCAUCCAGUCCAACAGCUUCGUUGUUCACGACAAAGAGGAGGCUGAAGAGACAUUCGAGCUCCGUGACUGGCAAGCUGCUGCCAAGUCUCUCGCUUUCAAGGAGGCUUAUGGCACCAAGAACGUUCUGCGCCCUGAGUUGGCUGUCAAGACCUCCACCAUCACCGUCAAGGAGAACCGUCGCCUUACUCCUCAGGAUUACGAUCGAAACAUCUUCCACAUUGAGUUUGAUCUCGGCGACUCUGGUCUUACUUACAAGAUCGGUGAGGCCCUAGGUAUCCAUGCUGAGAACGACGAGGAGGAAGUCGGUCAAUUCAUCGAGUUCUAUGGUCUCAACCCUGCCGAACUGGUCCAGGUCCCUGCUCGUGAGGAUUCUAGCCUUCUCGAGACCCGCACCGUCUUCCAGGCUCUCGUCCAGAACGUCGACAUUCUUGGCAAGCCUCCCAAGCGCUUCUACGAGGCCCUUGCUGAGUUUGCCACUGAUGAGACUGAGAAGCAGAAGCUUGAGGCUCUUGCCAGCCCUACUGGCGCCGAGGACCUGAAGCGCCGCACUGAGGUCGACACAGCUACCUACGUCGACAUUCUUGAGGAGUUCAAGUCUGCUCGCCCUAGCUUCCAGGAGCUUAUCAAGAUUGUCAGCCCCGCGAAGCGCCGAGAGUACUCUAUCGCUUCUGCCCAGGCUGUCACUCCCAACUCGGUGUCUCUGAUGAUUGUCGUUGUCGACUGGGUUGACCCUCGUGGCCGCACCCGUUACGGACAUGCUACCCGUUACCUCAGUCGUCUGCCGGUUGGGGCCAAGGUCACUGCCUCUGUCAAGCCUUCCGUCAUGAAGCUGCCUACCAAGGACACUGCUCCUCUCAUCAUGGCCGGUCUUGGAACGGGCCUCGCUCCCUUCCGUGCCUUUGUCCAGUACCGUGCCAUGCAGAAAGCUCAGGGCAAGGAGAUCGGCUCCAUCCUUCUGUACCUUGGUUCUCGUCACCAGCGUGAGGAGUACCUCUACGGUGAGGAAUGGGAGGCCUACUUGGCUGCCGGUGUUGUCACUCUUAUUGGUUCUGCCUUCUCUCGUGACCAGCCUCAGAAGAUCUACAUUCAGGACCGUAUGCGCCAGACUCUCAAGGAGAUUGCCAAGGCCUACGUUCAGGAUGAAGGCAGCUUCUACCUGUGUGGUCCUACCUGGCCUGUGCCUGACGUGACCAAGGUUCUCGAGGAGGCUAUUGCCCACGAGGCCAAGGCUGCUGGCAAGAAGAUUGAUCCCCGCAAGGAGAUUGAGAAGCUUAAGGAGGAGGGACGAUACGUCCUUGAGGUUUACUAG